AUGGAUAUUGCGGGAAGAAUGGUUCAAUGGGCCAUAAAGCUAUCCGAAUUCGACCUCAAGUACGAAACUUGGACGGCGAUCAAGGCCCAAUGCCUCACCGACUUCGUGGAAGAAUAUGCAGGUGAUCAAGAGGAAGCCUCCACGACAUGGGAACUAUACGUGGAUGGAUCCUCCAACAAAAUCAGAAGCGGUGCAGGCGUAAAACUAGUCAACCAGGAGGAAACUCAAGUAGAAGUCUCCCUCAAAUUUGAAUUCCCGACUUCUAACAAUCAGGCAGAAUAUGAAGCCUUGAUUGCAGGGUUAAAGCUGGCAGAGGAAGUCGGCGCAACGAAAGUAGUUGUGUUCAGCGACUCCCAAAUGGUAACCUCACAAAUUAAUGGAGAGUACCAGGCCAAAGACCCCAACAUGAAAAGGUGCUUAGACAAAACCUUUGAGUACCUUAGGCGAUUUGCUGAAACCGAGGACAAACACAUAACUCGGGAUCUUAACAGCAGAGCAGACGCCCUCUCCAAGCUAGCUAGUACCAAGCCAGGGGAAAAUAAUAGAAGCUUGAUCCAAGAAACUCUGCAAGAACCCUCUAUCGCAAAAAUAGAGGGUAGACAAGACGUCCUUGAAGUUUCCAGAUUGGACCUCGGGUGGAUGAACCCACUAAUCGAAUAUCUGAAAUUCGACAUCCUACCCGAAGAGGAAAAAGAGGCCAAGAAGAUUCGGAGGGAAGCACAAAACUACACUUUGGUAAAAAAUAUCCUUUAUAAACGAGGGAUAUCUACACCAUUGUUAAAAUGCAUUCCGACUUUAAGGACAACAAAAUUCUUAGAAGAGGUUCAUAAUGGUAUUUGUGGGAACCAUCUCGGAGCAAGGUCCUUAGCUAGGAAAGUGACACGAGUCGGGUUCUACUGGCCGACCUUGCAAAAAGAUGCCAAUGAAUUCGUAAAGAAGUGUCAGCCAUGCCAAAUGCAUGCAAACUUCCACGUCGCUCCCCCCGAGGAGCUCAUUAGCAUAACUUCUCCAUGGUCUUUUGCAAAAUGGGGAUUGGACCUAUUAGGAUCCUUUUCCCAAGCGCAUGGACAAGUAAAAUAUCUAAUAGUGGGAGUAGACUACUUCACAAAGUGGAUAGAAGCAGAACCACUAGCCACCAUCAUAGCCUAG